CCCGUACACACACACACUCAACCCUCCCUCCUGACAUAGACGCACAGUCCCCCCACCUACAAAUCUGUACAGUUCCGUUUUUUAUUUAAUUUGUUUUUUGUAUAUAGUGCUUAUUCCAAUGUUUUAACAUUUUCACCACUUAAACCAGGAGCUAUAGCUCAAAAUUUCGUUAUGUCCUCAAUAAUGACAAUACAUGACUAUUGAUUCCGCCAUUUUGAUAGUGUUGCCUAGCAACACAAUCCAAACUUUCUGUGCAGACGGUUGGUUUGAGACGGCAAACUUUUCACGACUACCAUCAUUCACUGGGGAUGAGUGCUGGACGAGCAGCUGAGGGCGCGGGUUGCGUUACCUGGUGGGGCUUCAGUCCUGCGCGCGACCUGAUCAAUAUGGGACCUCACAGAUACGAACGAGACGUCAAUGUCUUGCUGGUUGGUAGCGGAGAUCUGCGUCAUAUUUUGAAGACCGUUGCUGGUUUGCAGGAUCAACAAAGUCUUCAUGUUUGGGUGGUAGAAAACAGCAUGGAGGUGGUGGCCAGACAGCUGCUGUUCCUCUAUCUGGCACUGGUGCCCCAGGAAAGCAUGGGAAUAAAUGAGAAGACAGAAGUUUUCCUGGAGGUGUUUGGGAAUAGUGAAAUCCGCAGUCAGACAGAGGAGACUCUGAGCCAUGCAGCAUCACAGCUGUCUUUGUCUGUUACUGAAACACUGGAGACAGCCACACAUGCAUGUCUGAACACGACUCUUCUUAAGUUUAAGGAGCGAGACGAACUGGCCAGGAUAUUCAAACUAUGGAAGCAACCGCGGUCUUCGUCAACGUCAUCUGAGCCUCCUGCUCCUAUCUCCAUGUCCAGAGCCUGGGAUUAUCGGGUCAGGCAGCAUCUUGGAACGCGCUACGACUCAAAGAAGGGCUGCUUCGACUGGGACCUCACAAUGAAGCUGCAUGAGAAGGGGUGUGGUGUCAUCAACAAACAACAAUAUGCACGAUGGAGGGAACGGGGGCUGGCGUUCGAAUUGCGAGAAGGUGUAUACCAAACACCCAAUCCGACUUUGCUCUCUUCAAGGGUCUUUAACCAGAGAGGGGACAAAGUGGGUGUCAGAGGCUACUGGGGAGACAUUGUUUCCAGCCCUUACCUCUCCUUUGGCAUUGAAACGGAUGACAAGAGCCUGCUGAAGACGCAGAAUGGGCAACACAUCAAGACAUCCCAAGAUGUAUCCUUUGCAAACGUGCAGGGAUUGUUCCAGUCCCUGUCCAGUAGACGGGGCUGCCCCACUGCUUCUCACUCCGAGGCGGAGGAGCCAUCCGCAGGGACUGAACAGAAAUCUGCCACCAUUAACGAUCUGAUGCAUCUCCACGGGAUCUCUGUGACCUUCCUGCCUAUGGACUCACUUCACAAACUGCCAGAAAAACAGAAAUACUCCCACUACUUUAACAGCAUUUACUUCUCUGCCAGCUGCGCGCACCAGUUGGGGCCGAUGAUGGGACAGAUUGCAGCACCAGACGCCGUGCUCGUCGUGGAGCUGGCCAAGUACAUUUUGGAUUUGGACAAAGAGCAGGAAGCAGGCUUUGCAGAGAAAGUGGCGAGUAUCGCUCUAGAGGCUGGGUUUGAACCGUGGCAUGAGGGAAAAAAUGAUGACGUCCACGCCAUUUUUAUAGGACAGAAGACAUAAAGGUUGAUUAUC